GUUCAUGUUCUUUGUUCUUGUAUCUUAUAUAAAACACCAAAAAUGCCUGCAAACUCAGAGUUUAAAAAAAAAACUUCAUAAAACUUGACAAAAGUCUUCUCUACACCUUCAUACACACACACACACAUAUUUUUUAUGUACAGUUCAUGUCAUUUUAAAUAAUAUUACUAAAGCAAAUAAUCUUGCCUUCUUCUCACACCAUGUGCUCCUGUGACCAUGUGUCAGAUCAGGACGUCCCACCUUUAAAUGGUGCUUGAUAGUGACUCCCACACCUUACUGGACUGUUCUUUGGUACUUUCUCGACCUUUCUAAUGGGUUGUAAUCAUUUAAAGAAAAAUUGACUAAUCAUAGGGCUUAAGAAAACUUUCCAUUGCCUGAGGACAACGCUGUGCUAGAGGGUUAACAAACCUUAUUUGUAAAUUAUUAACGAAACUACAGUCUAAUGAAUUAGGCCUAAUUAUAAUGAUGAUGCAAAUGAGUUUAUAAUUUAUAGUGUAUUCCACAACAGUUGCUGUUCUGUUCAUUAUGUAAAAGCAUGUAUGGAGCCAUGCAGCCUCUAUGCAAGAUCAAGACGACAGGGAUAUCUUAAAGCAAAAUCUCUUGCACAGUUUUUCACACGUGUAAGUAUUGUGAAAUGAAUGCCAUUUUUUGUUGUUUUUUUACUACUUUCAUCAACAGACACCCAUGUGAUUAGGAAACUGCUGCCAUAUAUCGAACAUGAGGAUGAGGUAUGGUGCGGUCAUAAACCACAGAUGUAAUCAGCAGCUUGACUUGCUCGCUGGGUACUGCAGACUACCUGUGUUUUCGAACUAAAUCAAAGUUGCACAACCAUGCAUAAUUUGUUUCCGUGAAUAAAGUUACUUCUGUUGGUUCUUCUAAAGCAGUAGCCAGUGUGUGUGCACCCUGUGCAUGUAGUGUGUUACAUUUAUCCUCCUAUUUUUGAAAAGGGAUGUUGUGAGACCCUGCAAAAGUACCUCAACAUUCUUGUUGGCAUGUUAACUGGGUCAGAGCUGCAGAAACAGGAGUUUGUGGUUGUACCUGAACUUUAAUAAGUAGAAAAAGAUGUAUUAUUGCUGGGGCUGUAGCAUGUUUCUUUGACUGUUAAUACUGAAAAAAUGAGUAAAGACAUUGACAUUUAAGACUACAGCGAACAUGACCACUGGAACAUUUUAGUUGGAAUUUCUCUGAACAUGUGAUAAUGGCAAACAAUAUUUAAAUGAUAUUGUUUUAAUAAAAAUAUAUAACUGAAAAAAAAAAAAAUGUAAAAAUGAAAAACAAAAGAGAUAAAAAUGUUUUUUUUUCAUUACUAUUCACUCCAAGAGUCACACAUACCUUACCUAAUCCCAACUGAGCUUAACCAAUCAGGUUAAAGGGGGGCGGGUUUCUAUUGAAGUAAUUCAGCAAAAACACUUACUAACUUAGUCACAUCACUAUCCAAUUCAAAGAGAGACAGACAAUCAAACUUGCUGAACAUGACAGAUCAAAGUCGACUGGAAUUUCAGGCGAUGCCAAUGAAUGACAGCUAUACAAACCAGACUUGCGAUGUUUUCAUCUACAAGGAGUCUGCUAGGAUCCUCUUCCCCAUUUUCUACUGCCUGGUUUUUUUCAUCAGCGUGGCAGGUAACAGCCUGGUCCUCUGGAUCACCUGUCAGAAAAAGCAGAAGAUGAACUCCACCACGAUAUAUCUGAUCAACCUGGCCAUCUCCGACACCCUCUUCACCUUGGCUCUUCCAGGCAGGAUCGCAUACUACAUCCGAGGCUUCGACUGGCCAUUUGGAGAUUUCUUGUGCCGGCUGACUGCCAUGAUCUUCUACAGCAAUACCUAUGCUAGCAUCGCCUUCAUGACCUGCAUCAGUGUGGAUCGCUACUUGGCCAUGCUGCACCGUCAGCGGUGUCAAAGACUGAGGAAAACCAAGGUCGUGCGAGGUAUCUGUGCUCUGGUAUGGGUGGUGGUUCUCCUUGAGACAUCCCCACUGCUCUUCAAAAGCACCAUGGAAGCCAGACCCGGUCAUCGAACGUGCAUGGAGUUCUCCAAUUUUGAUGGCCACAAGAUGGCAUACGGUCUUCUGUUUGCCUGUGUCAUUGGGUUUUGCAUGCCACUGGGACUCAUCCUGUGCUGUUACAGCCGGGUCAAUUGCAAGCUCUACAAGACGGCCAAGGAAAACCCGGUGACCAACAAGUCUGGAAGCAACAGCAGGGCCAAAAAUAUGAUUCUGCUCAUUCUGCUGAGCUUCGUGGUGUGUUUCAGCCCUUACCACAUCAACAUCAUGCAGUUUGCAGCGAGAAGGCUGUACCAUGAGCCCUCCUGUGAGGAGUUAAAGACUUUAAAAAUGUCCCUGCAGGUAACCGUUGCCAUGAUGAACUUUAACAGCUGCCUCGACCCUCUUAUUUACUUUUUUGCCAUCAAAACAUACAAGCAGAGAGUGAUGAGUCUUUUUAAGAGCUACAUUUCCAUUUCGGCAUCUUCCAAGAGCAUGCAGGAGAACAGCAGCAGUAACACAUGAGGACAAAUAUUAUACAAAGUAAAAUCAGAUGGUGGAAACUGCAGAGGAAAUGCCUGCACACGUGUGAAAAUGUGGUUGGAUUGAUUUAGACGGCAGAGACAUAGUUACCUUUUAUUUUUAAGCAAAUUUCUUACCAUUUAAUGGGCUUUGAAUCCAUGAUAUUUGAUUUGUUUUGGGAUUUUUGACCACAUUUGUUGUGUGAAUUUAUUAAGAUCACUGACAUACUCUUGUCAUUUAGCACAUUUUUUGUGAGGUCAGUGUGAAUUUGCAGAUUAAUUUUUUUGUGUAUAUAUUUUUUUUGUGAAUGAUUAAUGUGCUGUUGGAUUCUCUCUUUUUUUACUCGGUCAUGUAGGCCGGUCAUUGACAUCAAAUGAAAUUCAGAGACUAAAAAUAAUGGUUAAUUAUUAGGCAUUUAUUAAUCUUAGUCAAUGUUAAUUUCAACAUUUACUAAUAGGCUACAUUAUUAAAAUCAAAAGUAAUGCACUGUGAACUAACACGAACAAACAAUGAACGAUUGUAUUUUUAUCAACUAACAUUAAUAAAGAUUAAUAAAUACUGUAAAAAAAAAAAAAAAAAAUGUAUUGCUCGUUGUUAGUUCAUGUUAGUUAAUGCAUUAACUAAUGUUAACAAAUGAGACCUUACUGAAAAUUGUUACCAGAGUAAUUAAUUAAGUGGAAAAAUCCCACAUAAAUGUCAAAGAGGCUAGAAACUAAUAGACAUUUCUGAGUAAGAGUGAUGUAGGUGUAUUUUAAUACCUAUUGACAUUUCUGUAAGCUGCUGUGUGAAUACUGUGUUUUGCUUUAAAGAUGCUCAAAAUGUGUGUGUAACAUUUUGAGCAACCUCUAUAAUGACAUUUUCCAUUUGGGAAUUAAAUGCUUAUGUAGCUGCCAAUUGCCCUAAACAACUUGCUUUAAACCUGUUUUUGAAUACAAAAUAAAAAUUAAAAAAAAAAUCAUUA